GUCUGCCCGCCCAGCGGUAGGGCCUCCUCCGCCAUGGGAGUGCAAGUAGAGACCAUCUCCCCUGGGGACGGGCGCACAUUCCCGCAGCACGGCCAGACCUGCGUGGUGCACUACACGGGGACGCUGCAAGAUGGAAAGAAAUUUGACUCCUCUCGAGACAGAAACAAACCCUUUAAGUUUGUGCUGGGCAAGAAGCAGGUGAUCCGAGGCUGGGAAGAAGGGAUUGCCCAAAUGAGCGUGGGUCAGAGAGCCAAGCUGACUGUCUCCCCAGACUAUGCCUAUGGGUCAAGAGGGCACCCAGGCAUCAUCCCACCAAAUGCUACUCUCAUCUUUGAUGUGGAGCUUCUAAAACUGGAGUGA